AUGGACGGGGAUUUGAGUCUCUCCCAGUCCUUGGGGGGCUUACGGAUUGCAAAUCCAGAUAAUUCCUCUCUGCAUUCAUCUGAGGAUACAGCGACUCCAACUCCGGGCGCCGGUACCUUAACCACGGCGGCAGAACCAGCUCCAGCUCCAGACCUAGAGCGCGAGUCGACGAUGCGAUCGACGUCAAUACAAACCUCGAACGAGCACGACCAAGAGUCUUCUAUCUCCCCUUUUCCUGAAAACUACUCCAAAUCCUCCGACGACUGUAAUUCUGCCCUUCUCCCUCCUGAUCUACCACAGCACCAAACUCCGCAAUACCUCCCCUAUACGCCGCAACAUCAACAGCAGCAGCAACAACACCCUCCUCAGAACUCUUCGCGCCCUCUAUCCGCUUUCUAUCCGAACGGUUCCUCCUCGACAUUAGCCCGCGAAGGCUCCUAUCGUAUUCGUACGGAUUCUGCUGCCUCCUCCGUCUCGGAAAGUCUAGCACGUGCAGAAUCCCGAGGUGGUUCUGCUGCCUAUCAAGCUGGAGUUCCAGUGCGCGAUAACAGUCACAGUGACCGAUCUUACCGGUCUGCGCAUCGUGCCCCUGGGAAUGGGCCAAUAAUGCGUCAGUCCUCACGAGCUCACGCACGCGGCGGAGGAGCCUCACAACUGUCCGGGUCCCCUUACGGCAUGGAAAAUGGACCGCCAGCGAGCAGUGAAGACUGGCAAGAGCGUGGUGCAGCUGUCUCCGUGAGGCAAGAAAUUGACGCUAAUGGCAAGCCGGUCGCGCGGUAUAUCAAAAAGGGGGUCCGCGAUUUCUCCUUCGGACAGACAUUGGGAGAAGGUUCAUACAGUACUGUUGUAUUAGCGACGGAUCGUCAGACGUUGAAGGAAUAUGCGAUCAAGAUUCUCGACAAACGUCACAUCAUUAAGGAGAAGAAGGUGAAAUACGUCAACAUCGAGAAGGAUACCCUGAACCGGCUCACAGAACACCCCGGCAUUGUCCGACUCUACUACACCUUUCAAGAUGAGCGCUCGUUGUAUUUCGUGCUAGAUCUCUGCAAGGGCGGCGAAUUGCUAGGAGUGUUGAAGCGGAUGUCUACCUUUGAUGAAGAGUGCACAAGGUUUUACGGUGCUCAGAUUCUCGACACUAUCGACUACAUGCACAAACGCGGCGUAAUUCAUCGCGACUUGAAACCAGAGAACGUUCUUCUGGACAGCCAAAUGUACAUCAAAAUCACUGACUUUGGCACGGCAAAAAUCCUUAAUAACCAAAGGAAGACCGAUCAGGACUCUAGUGGAAUGCCAUCGCUCGACUCCUCUGAGAUCCCGGAAGAUGAACGGGCAAGCUCUUUCGUCGGUACGGCAGAGUACGUCAGUCCAGAGCUUUUGACGGACAAGAAUGCCUGCAAGGCUAGUGAUCUGUGGGCGUUUGGCUGCAUCAUCUACCAACUCCUGGCCGGCCGUCCUCCGUUCAAGGCUGCGAAUGAGUACCUGACUUUUCAAAAGAUUGUCGCGCUUGAGUACGAGUUUCCUGUGGGCUUCCCUACGGUUGCUCGAGACCUCGUCGAGCGCCUUUUGGUCCUUGACCCGGCUAGGCGUCUCCCGAUUGAACAUAUUAAAAAUCAUGAGUUUUUCCAAGGCGUGAACUGGGGCUCGGAUUUAUGGACACGGAAAGCACCCCGUCUCAAGUCGUACGCACCUCCACCUCGCGAGCCCAUCAAGCUCAAUGGGGGUGGUGACAAUGACAGCUUCCCCCCCGUUAUCUCGACGGCACCAUCGAACGCUCCCAAUUCCAACGCCCGAGUAGUGCCGAGAUUGGUAACAGAACUACCUCCUCCGAGUCAACUUGAUAUUGAGUGGUCCCCCGUCCUGACCAAGACCAACGAAAGAAUACUCAAAUUAGGAAACUGGAUGGUCCUUAGCUCUCCCGCCGGCCAUAGUCCUGUCUCGAAGAAUGGGGGCGGUGAGAUCGAAGCGCCGAAAAAGUUUUCGCGGUUCUUUGGCGGUAGUACGACAAAGAAGCGGCAGCGUUUGGUUAUGAUCACUUCCUCAGGGCGGAUCAUCAUGGCUGCAGCCGGAGGGGACGACAAGAAGGCCAAGAUGGAGCUUUCUCUGCUCGCGCAAGGGACGUCGUAUCGUAGUGCCACGGAUUCGAAAGGGUUUUCGUGUUGGGUUGUAGAUACGCGCGACAAACAUCUCGUCUUUGAAGACCCCAAGCCGUCAUCGAGUACCAUGGGUGCAACGGCGUUAUCUGUCCAAGAAUGGGUGGAUACGCUAGACCGUGCGAAAGAGAUGGCUCUUGCUCAACAGAGCAACGGGUCGUACUCUGAUGAGGCAUUCAGAGAUUUGUCUUCUGGAUUGUCCAGCCACGCUAACACACUGGAUCGAAGCUCCGAGCUUCAAUCCGAGGGUGGCCCGUCUGGGCGCGCAACCUUGGUCAAACCUCAGCCUAACGACUCUGACUCAGUCAAAGGGCGGAAAAGAUUUAGCAGACGCCAUUCUAAGAACGGCCUGGCGGCAGUCUUCUGA